AUGAGACUGGCCGCGUAUACUGGGGUCUCGGUGGUCCUGGCCACCGGUGUAUUUCUCAAGGCUCUUCAUCAGAGGGCCAAUUUCUAUUCCGCAUGCAUCUACCUUUCGCAAAGUAGCGCGAAUCUUAUGAUUCUCACGAAUUUAUGCCUUCUCGUCACGGGCUUUGUACUCUUCUGGCUUCAGCGACUUCUCUACGGACCCUUGCGAGCAAUCGAAACCGAACAACUCUAUGAACGGGCGUGGUUCGCCGUUACAGAGACAUGUCUGGCCAUGACCAUCUUCCGGGGUGAACUUGGGGGCUGGUUUUUGGUCAUGUUCAUUUCGCUACUGGUUGGCAAGGUCUGGGGCUGGAUUGGCGAAGGCCGUGUCGAAUACUUGGAACAACAACCUCCGGCUAAUCCGCGGCUGUUCCAUAUUCGACUGGCGCUGUCGCUGGUGUUGACGGUGCUAUUUGACUUCUUCAUGUUGCAGUACUGCGUGCAUACCGUCAUCAGUCAGGCGCGACCAGAUAUGAUGGUCAUGUUUGGAUUUGAAUUCGCAAUCUUGACUAUCCUUUCGACCUCUACCCUCCUCCGAUACGCCAUCGCAUUGACCGAAAUCUCCAUAACCAGCCAGCAAGUCAAGGCCAAGAUGGACGAACGCCGUGCUGAGAUUCGUGCUGCACGUGUGCAAGCUAUCCAAGAACACGCACGCGCAGGAGCUGCCUCCCCUCCUACCGACCUACCUGAUGAGAAUGAUGUGAAUGAGAUGGAAAUUGACGUGCCCGGAUGGGAAGAGAAGGGCCGCUGGGUGUUUUACCUUGAUCUUUUGACCGACUUGCUGAAGCUCGUGGUCUAUCUGUCCUUUUUUGGAAUUCUCCUCACUUUCUACGGCCUGCCCAUUCACAUCUUGCGGGACGUUGUGGUGACCAUCCGCUCGUUCGCUCGUCGCAUUAUGGACUUCCUUCGCUACCGGAAUGCAACCCGAGACAUGAAUGAGAGGUAUCCGGAUGCAUCGGCAGAUGAGGUCUCCCGGGAGGAUGUGUGUAUCAUCUGUCGCGAGGAAAUGACCCCGGUUCAGCCGGCAGCCGGUGCCGGCGCGGAGCCUGGACAGCCAGCAGCUGGAGCGCGUCGUGUUCCUGACCGGCUCCGUCCCAAGAAGCUUCCAUGUGGUCACAUCUUGCAUUUUGCAUGCCUCAGAAGCUGGCUUGAGAGGCAACAAAACUGCCCGACUUGUCGGCGCCCUGUCCUCGUGCCCACGCGAACGCAGGGAGCUGCUGGCAAUAACGCUGGGGCUCCGCAACAUGGUCAACCUGGUCAACAAGGCGCAAAUGGACAACCUCGUGCGCGAGUCUAUCAGUUUGGACCCUUCCGAAUUGGCUUCGGGGCUGUACGGGGAGAUAUUUUCCACAAUCUUCACCAACAGAUUCACCAAGGCAACCCAGCAGGGCAACCUGCAGCAAACCCAAUCCCCAAUCCUCCGGGCCGACAUAUUGGGCUUGGAUUUGGGUUCGGCCGCCGUCCCCAAGCCCCCACCCCCGCGCCUGCCCCACAGACCCCUGGGGUAUCCCCCCCUGUUGAUCUCAACCUUCAGCUACUGCAGAUUGAGCAGCGGAUCACCACUGAGAUUAACUCUCUCCGUAUUGCCACAGAGCAACUGAACCGCGUGCGUCAACUCCAGGUGGAGCUGGAGCGAUUGCGCAGGAAUGGAAAUAUUCUCGCCCAACCAGUCCCAUCUCUAAAUCCUGGUCAGAUCCCACCGGGUUUCACGAGCCACCGGUUCAAUACAAGCCCAGAUGCUACUAUGGGUUCCGGAGACCCUCGUCUACCAGAAGGACUCACACUCCCUCCAGGUUGGACUCUGUUGCCUUUGCAAUCUACGCAGUAUGGCGUCGGUGUACCUCAGACAGUACAGCCUAUGACUACCACAGAAAAUACCUCCGCUACGGUUUCAUCUAGUGUUGCUGCUCCCCGAGAUGCCGCCUCCCUUGAUCUUGCUCAGUCUCAGCUUGAUGGAGGAGUACAGGCAUCAGGCACGGCUACUGAAACAACCGCAUCCACGAAUGGGAACGGUAGCCUGCAGCUCACACCCACUUUUUCUUCCCCUGAACCCCGGGCAGACUCUCCUUCUCAAGAGUGGACUGAUGUUGCGCCCACGGAGUCUACGGAGUCCCCGAAGGAAGGCCCAGCCACCAUCCCAACUACCUGGGGUAGCAACGGUGCAACUGCGAAUGAUUCUACUGACAAUGAUGACUCCGAGUCCAAGGGCAAAGCUCGUGCGGCGACGGUCGAAGAGGCCGAUGAAGACGCAUCCUGA